AUGGACCGUAUCGUCGCACCGUCUAACUCUAGAGUCGAUUCACGCAACCACCGUCACGUGCAAUACACGCUAACGGAGAAAGAGCUGGGAAGAGAGUCAGAUCGCUACGAGCAAGAGAAGGUCCACGCCGACGAGCCCUUGUUGAUCAGGGAGCACAAGAGGCGGACUGUCAUGGGCAACUCGCAUCGCAGGUUCCAUCGAAGGGCGUCUCAGGCCAGCGCCAGAACCUUGACUGUGAACGUCGAAGUUGUGGCUACACUGGAUACCGCUGGAAAUGUGGUUGCACAGGCUACCAUAACGCAGCUUGACUCAAGUGCCCCAGCCGAAACCACCCAGGCGCUGCCAGUUACCAAUGCCAUCGGUGUCUCAGCGCCUCCCGCGGUAGCACCGUCAUCUGCGCCAAUCGUAGCGGCAGCAGCAGCAUCGGCUCCAGAAGUACCAUCAGUGGCGUCGUUAUCAUCAGAAACACGGUCAGCGGUACCCUCAACACCGUCGGAACGGUCGCAAGCAUCGGCCCCAUCAGCAUCAGCUGAGCCAACCGCGGCCACUGUGGUUGCGCUGCCUUCUGUGCCAUCGGUACCCGCUGUGCCGAGCGUCUCCUUUCCAUCUGUUCCCGCCGUUCCUCCGUUCCCCAGUACUCUCACAGUACCUGCGUAUCCGUAUGCUUCUUCGACCCCUAGUAAGAUGGCUGCCAAUGCCGUCUCGAUUACAUCAGCGUCUUCGGCUUCGACUGAUGCAAGCAGCAGCCCAACACUGGUUGCUGCACUGACCGCAACGACAAGCACAAACUCUACCAUAUCCGGCAUCUCUAGCAGCACUUCGUCGAUUGCAUCAUCAGUGCUGGUUCCCUCGCCUACUCUCCUUUCCACCAUGAGCGGGUUUAUGUUUUCAUCGUCAUCCGGAGCGGCAACAUGGCAGUCUGCCAUCUCAUCUGGAGUCUCAACAUCUGGAGUCUCAACAUCUGGUUCUUCUUGGUCUGGGGCUUCCCUCUCAACCUCGGCCCCUUCAUACUCUGCUACACCUACCGAAUCCCUGGAUGCUGCCGGCUCUGCCUCGUUCUACGGUAGUGGCGGCCCUGGCUGGAACGGAGGUACUGAGACUGCGGCAGCAGGCGCACCCACAGGUUCAACAGCCGCUAUCAGUGGGGACGAGGCAGACGGAACUGAACCUCUCGACACUCCACAAGUUGUGGGAAGCGUAGUCGGCAGUCUGGCCGGCGCUGCGCUCAUUUUGGCGAUUAUUCUGAUCCUUCUCCGCCGCCACAAGCGCAGGCAGAAUGGUGGGGCUCUUCAGCUCGCAGAUGAUCGUCGCCCACACCAGGAGCAGGCCAUGCGGCAAGUGCAGGCUCCAGCACCGGCAAGAGCCAGCCUUGUCCCUUCAGCCUUCCUCAAUCGCUUCUCUGGACUUUCAAGAUCAACAGCCGAAACAAGCUCGCCCACAGAAAGAAGCUUCCAGAGGGUGUCUGGACGCAAGCUCCCGUCUGCUUUCAGCGAAGGCAUGACCUCGGACCAAUUCUCACGAGGCGGCACCAUGUCUGGCUCAUCCUUUUACCAGGACGAGCACGGCACGUACGGCGGGCCUGGAGCGCUGAAUAAGGAAUACGGUGGAGACCUUGGGAAGGAGAUUGGCGGAGCAGCUUUUGCUGGUGGCGCGGGCACGAUGAACCUUCGGCCCAGUCCAGCUAGAACGCCAGUCAUCCGCCAUCCCGACGCAAACCCGUUCAACGACACAAAUCGCCCCACACUCAGUCCACCCAUGUCGCCUAAUCCCUUCUCGUCACCCAAUAUUGAUCUGUCGCCUCGGGCUGCUCUUGGGAGAAGUCUCCACUCGGCCGAUGGCUCUAGAAGCUCACGCUUCACCGAAAAUGUCUGA